AUGAACCAUAUGGUGAAAAGACAUAGUCCCUGGAAGAGAGGGUUCUGGUCGUUUCUUUACCUUUCGAAGCAAUCUAGUACUCGGAGAAGUGAUUCCUCGUCACUGGGUUCGUUGUCGCAGAGAUCGAAGAAGAGGGAGGAGUUUGUGGCGACGACAGUAGUGGUGGAUGAGAGUAAGAGUCCGAACCCGGCGGCGUUUGGCCGGAGAGUUUCUAGAUCUAGAUCCAUCAGGUAUGAAAGCAAGAGCUUUUCUGGGGACUUUUUAAAGCGAAUCUCUACUGGGUUCGGAGACUACACUCUCGGGCGAGUUGAGUUUCAGAGAGAAGGCCACCACGACGACGACGGAGAACAGGAAUGCAUCAUGGAGAGAGUUUCAUCUUUAAUUGAAGAAAAUAGGAAGUUGACACCAGUGGCAGUGGCGGUGGCAGUGGCGCAUGGAAGAAGUAAGAGUUGGGGUUGGGCAUUUACAAGUCCAAUUAGAGGUUUCAAGCCUUCUUCUUUUUCAGGGAAGAGAGAGAUUUCCAACAAAACCACCACCCCAAACCUAAAUGCCAUUCCUUCAUUGUUGACUUUCAAUGUUGAUGCAAAGACACUUGGGAUGGAUCCAAAUGGGACUUCAAAGAAAGAUACAUGA